UCACAACUGGUCUCUCACUGCAAGUCUGAAAUUUGGACUUUUCUUUUUUUAUAGGUGUCAAGGUGAAAAAGUUUCUGCACCUCACAGUUUCGACAGCAGAGGUCGAUAAACUCAAAUGAACCAAUGCUGCUUUUACUGCCCUUUGGUUUGGUUUGUCCUCAUUCUGCAGUUUUCCGAUCAUUUCCUGUUUGGCCAACACAACAUGAACUCUGGGUUUCCAGAUGUUUUCAUGCCAAGACCUCAAAGAAACACCUUAAUAUCAGUUUGGGUUAAGGGUUAAGUUUGUUAUCAGCACCUUAGUCCCUCAUCCUGGGAUCAAAGCAAAUUAAACCAUUAUCAGUGCAGAUGACUUGACAGUUUGAGGCUAGCAAUGUGUGUCCCCACUCACAGUAAGACAUAAUAAUGAUAAGAGCUUUGUUAGAUUAGAUUCAACUUUAUUGUCAUUGUUAAGUACAUGAGCAAAGAGCAAGUAAAGCCAGUAAAAUAUACCGAACAAGAUAAAACAUAUAGGAAUAUAAACAGUAUCAAUAAGUGACACAUUAAUCAUUGUCAAAGGCUGUCACAAAAAGUUUUAGAGAUUUAAAAGAAGCCAGAGACUUAGUGUGUCUGAGUUCAGUAGGCAGAGGGUUCCACAGUGUGGGGACUCUAAUACUACUGCAAAAAACUCAUCAAGCAAGCAUUUCGUACCGAGUGGAGACGGUGGAGAGAGCCCUGGCUGAUACCUGAGUAAAGUGCAUUGCAUUAAUCAAGCCAGAAACAGAGAAAACAUGUAGGACUUGUUGUAGAUCAGCAAUUUUUGUGAUUAACAUCAGCUGAAAGAAACAUGACUGAGCAACACUUUUGACCUGAUCAUCAAAACAGAGUUUUGCAUCAUUUAUUACCCCUAGAUUCCUAGCAGACCCUGUGUUAGAUUAUUUGAGAGACCACCAAGAUUAACACCAACUGAUUAGCUAGGCUGACAGGAUCUUUUGCUUUUAACGGCAUGUAUAACUGAGUGUCAUCUGCAUAGAAAUGGUAAAACACACCAUGGUUCUGAAUAACCUGGCCAAGAAUCGGACCAAGAACUGAGCCUUGAGUGACACCACAAUUCAACAGGCCGUCAAGGAAGAAGAGUUACCCAGAGUGACAGAAAAGGUUCUGUUUGAGAGGUAUGUGCGCAAUAAGAUGAGAGUCGAGCCUGUGAUGCCUUCCCAGGUCACAUGAUGUAAGAAACUGUGACUAUGUCAAAGGCAGCACUUAAAUUUAACAGAACACAAAGUGGAGCCAUUGCCUCUUCACAGUAGGUCAUUAACAAGUGUAAUUAGUAACCUGAGUGGUAAUUAGUAACCUUAACAAGUGCUACUAAAAAUACUUUUAUUACUCAUAAAAGAUAACAGUUGGGAUGAAAUUACUUUCUCCGGAACCUUCAAUAAAAAAAGUCAGUUUUGAGAUUAAACUGUUGUUCCUUAAAGACAAAGACACUGGUAUGCUAAAACUGCCUGAAAAAAUAAAUUAAAAUUAAAUUAAAAUUUUAAUUAAAAUAUUAAUAGAGAGUUAUUAAUAAUCUGCUAAAUAACAGGGCUAACAGUGGGGGGUACCUCUUUGAGCAGUUUAGUGGGUGAUAUCUAAGGUGCAUAGAAAAUGAGUGCAUGUGGGGGGCUGUACUCUCUAACACUGAAGUUAUGAUGGCUUGAAACAUGGGGAGCAGAACUGACAUGGGAAAUGGAAAGAAUGCGAGGGUCAGGCAGGAUUUGGGACCUGAUGGUUGUCUUUUAAGGGAGUUUAGUGCUGCCUCAGACUUUUUGGCCUUCCAUUGUUGUUCAGCCAGGGGAGGGCAUUUGAUUUUAGUUUCCUCUUUUGAAAUGGUGCAAUUUGGUCGAGGAUAGAUGGGCACUGAUUGUUCAACGAAUCUAACAGUGUAUCUGGAUUGAGAGGAGAUAUAGACGAAUUAAAGUGUGAUGAAUUAAACGCAUCACAGAGUUUGACUCCAGAGUCAGCGUUGAGAAUGUGAGAGUGUGUUGUUCAGUAGGGACCAAUAAUAUAGGGCUGUAAUAGAACUUAAAAACAACAACUUUAUGGUCAGUGUCACCAAAUUAAGACACUUGAGAGAGAAACUAGAUGAGAGCAGCAGGUAAACGGUCUGACCUGUAGAAUGUGUCGCCCCUUCAACAUGAAUGGGGUUAAAAAGAGUCCAUUAGAUCUUUAGAAAUGAGGGGUGAGGGAAUGGGAAGGGCAACAAAUAUCAUUUUAGCACCUAACCUGAAGUCCAAAAAGCCAUAAAGUGAAGAUUAGCAUACAUAUGUAUAGCGGUAAUAUAAAUAAUAAAUAAUAAACAGUAUAGGGUAUAUCUCCAUGCACAGCCAGGAGGUAAAAUACAAAGUGCAGUAGUAUAAUCAUGUUAGAUCCUACUGCUCCAGCAAAACGUGUUCUCUAAAUGAGUGAAACUGUGACAGGAUAGACAGCCUGCCAUGAAAACAACAGCACACUGGGAAAGUUAAGGUAAGACAUAGGUCAGCACAGCAAAAUAAAACAGUUCCAAGAACUGGUGGCAGAGGCCAGAGCCUCCAAAUGUUGAUUGUAACCUGGACUCUGAAACAUCUGACGGACUUGGUCGGUCAUAGUUCACAUGGGACCAUUAAGAUGGAUUUCUGAAAUGACUGGGAAUCAAUCAGUCAAAAUGUUAUUUUAUGUGUGAAGAGCAUUUGGCCAAUCAGCCGAGACACCAACUUGAAGCUCAGCUAUUGUUUAACUGUGAAGGUAGGUUAGAAGAUAUUUCAAUAAUGCAGGCGUAUGAUGUAAUAACAUGAUUUUUGCUACAUCUUCGUUAGAUCUCCUGCAGGCUAAGUUAGCACAUAUCAACACUAUACCAUGAAGCAAAGAUUUGCUUAACUUGGUUAAAGGGCAUAGUUAUCUUUACAUAAGUUGCAGUGAGCCAAUCACUGAAUGUGUCAACAAUCCGCUGUGCAAAUAGAUCAGACACACAAAUCUGCAGACUGAGAAACUGUCCUUUGGCCAGCCUGCAGUUGCAGAACCACCUCUUUUACUGCAUUUGUGCUCCAAGAAACUUUAUUCACCAACACAGAGUUGUAUCCAAACUGAGACAAUGGGAACAUAUUUGAUUUGGGUGGGUCUGCUCGCUAUCUGCAGCCUCGCCUUCUGUCAAGGUAAUGCACUGUCUAUCAUAAUUAUGGGACUUACUGUGUGUUUGUCUAAGUUACUAAUUCACUGCUUGUGUAUAUGUGGUAGAACAUAUAUAUUUGUAUUUGUCGAUGUAAAAGUGCUUCGGUUUCAAUUUUUUCAGAGUGUCAGCAAGAGCUUCUGGAGAAUGUGGAUUUUCCAGGAACAGACAUAACAUCUGUGUACUCUCCCGAUGUUGAGCACUGCCAGCAGCUUUGUACACAGCACCACGCCUGCCUCUUCUUUACCUUUAUUCGAGCUGACUGGACCAGAGAUAACAGGCCCUCUCUGCAGGCACUUCUACUGCUACCUCAAGACCACCCCCACUGGACAGCCCAAUGUUCAGACUCCGCUUCUGGGCGUCACCUCUGGCUUUUCCCUCAAAUCCUGCAGCCCAAACUCACAGCCCUGCCUGUCUCAGGUGUACCCGAAUGUGGACUUCCUCGGGGCAGACUACCGAACCUUGUUCACAGCAGACCAUGAGGAGUGUCAGAGAGUCUGCACACAGGACCCUGCCUGUCAGUUCUUUACUUUUGUUAAUGGGCUCUUUACACCGGAGAAGAUCAGGUACAAGUGCCACCUUAAAUUCAGCUGGACAGUACCAAGGACUCCCAUUGUCGAAGCAAAGACGGGUGUAGCAUCUGGAUUCUCCCACAAAAUACAAAUGAGUCAGCAAUUGAACACAGCAUGUCAGGCUGUCAAGCUGUUUUCAAACACUGACAUCCCAGGAAGCGACAUCCAGAUGCUGCCUGCUGCCUCUGCUGAACACUGUCAGGCAUUGUGCUCUGCUCACCCACGCUGCAACUACUUCUCUUUUGUCAGCAAUUCCUUCAAUUGUCACCUGAAGAGCAAUCCAAAUGAAAUGGUGACCAAAGCUAAAGACGGAGUCACAUCAGGAAUGCCAGCACGCUUCUGUCAGCUGGAUAACAGUUGGGUAAAAUUGGCUCAUGAAGAUAUAGAUUUCAGAGGUUCCGACAUUCGCUUCGAGCUGAUGGAUGAUGCAGACACAUGUCAGAGGACCUGCACUGAGGAUGCCAGCUGCCAGUUCUACACCUAUGCUAAGGAAAACUUCUUUGACCCGGUUUACAGGCGCCGCUGCUACCUCAAGCGUGUCAUCACCAUGCCUGCUCCUCCUAAAGUUAACAGACUGGCCAAUGUCGUAUCUGGCUUCACCCUGAAGAACUGUGUGUAGAGCGCUCUGCACACACGCAGAUGUUCAAGUGAAAAGGAAAAACACACACGAUGAAUCCAGUAAAAGAUUCAGCAGUAAGCCAUCUGUGUGGAGUGUUUUUUUCUUUACAUGAGAGAUGUCAUCACUGUCCUUUUCUUUCAGCUUGUACCACCACACCUAACUUUUUCAUGUUUCCUUGCGUCACUCGUGCACUUAGACCAAUCACACUUCCUUCCUCGCUGCUUCCUCCAGACCUGGUGGUUUGAUUCUUUAAGAUAUGCACUCGGUCUGACGGUCAGAACGUCAUGUGAUUGCUGUUUAAGCUGCAAAUGAGCAGCCAGCUUUAUGGCCCACCUUUAUAGUAUGAGGAGAGCAAUGACGUUUAUCUGUGUGUUUCUACCUCAGACAUAAAGUGAAGAUACAAUAAAUUCCUCCAUACAGUUGAUGAUUAUCUGCAAUAAUUGUUGCCUGUAGUUUUAAUAAUCCCAAGGUCAUUGCAGUAUUUAACAUUUGCUGUAAUAAUUUGUACCUUGUUAGUAAAUAUCAUAACUGGCAUUCAUUAAGACAUAUUGACAAGGAAUAAAUGUAGUAGGGAAUUUGAUACAUUUUAAAU